GAUUGAUGGAAAUUGUGAGCUGUUCAGGAUGAAUUUCAAAGAGGGAUUGGACGGAGACCAUGGCAAGACGGAUUGUGAUAUGGAUGGAGGUGGUCCUUCAGACGCGUUGUUGCUAGCCCUUGGUUAUUUAAGGUUAAGGGAUCUUCUUGCAGUUGAAAGCCUAUGCAAAUCUUUACGUGAUGCUGUUCGAGGAGAUCCACUUUUAUGGAGAAGUAUUCGCAUAGGACAUAUAUUUCAUACUAAGAUCACAGAUGAUAUUCUUAUAAAGUUGACAAAUAGGGCUCAAGGCCAUCUUCUUUCUCUCAGUCUCUAUCACUCAAAGAUCACUGAUGUUGGUUUAAUGCAUGUACCUGAGAGGAAUCCCAGCCUGGACAAGUUGAGUGUCCCAGGAUGUAUGAGACUCACCGCAGAUGGUAUUCUCUCUAACUUAAAAGUCUUGAAGACUGCUGGAAAAAUCAGACUUAAAUAUUUAGGAAUUUAUGGAUUGUUUGGUGUAACAAGCCAGCACUUGGAAGAGUUCAAGCUCUUAAUAGGUGUAGAUAAUAGUAAGCUGCCAACUACUUGUAAGCCACGGUUUUUUGGCAGUGACCAAUUGUGGGUCACUUCUGAUGAUCGUGCUGUGGACAUUGAAGUUUGCCCGAAAUGCCAGAAGCUUGAACUAGUUUAUGAUUGCCCUUCAGAGAGUUGCCAAAAGAAGCAAUCUUCCACUCAGUUGUGCAGGGCUUGUACUACAUGCAUUGCACGUUGUAUCAAUUGUGGAUGUUGCUUAAGUGGCUACUUGCUUUGUUUAGAUUGCUGGAGACAACCCUUGGUUGCCAAGAGAGGAAGCAGAAAAGACCUUUUUGUCUGAAACUGUUCACAAUCAGGGGAGUUUAACAUUUCUACCGCUAUGGCUAGGAUGCAUAAUGUUUGUUACUUUUAUUGGCUGUGGGAAAGCUUUGGGAUCACAUAGUGCCUUUGAGCAUCAGAUGUAAAAUGGAAGUCCUUUGUCUGUCCUGAAGAAAUUGGAAUCUGAUUAUUGUGGAACUGGAUGAAAACAUGGCAGACGAGAAGCUGAUCUCCCGCAUGGAGGGUUUUGAUAGCCUUAUGCUAUGUGAAUGCUGUGUAAUGACCUUGUUUUUUGAAUAAACCAGAGCAAAUAUGUUUUUUUUAUCAAAACGAUCAGACACCUAAUAGCGAAAUUGAUAUAAGCAUAAAAAUUAGAUGCUUCAAAUGAACCAAACCAUUCCUUAUUUACUUAUUAUAAUACUCUUUCUGUUUAA